AUGGGGGUAGCGAAAGCUUGGAGAUACAGCGGUGGAGUUUUGGUUUUAGCCAAAAGUCAUCAUCUUAAUCAUAAACACAACAAAUUGAAGCAGCAAAAGCAGCAGAAAUGGGUGGGCCAGGAUCACCAUUGUUGGCUAUGGCAGCCGGCGGAGACGGCGGUGGUGGGUGGUGGAGGACAGCGGCGGCGGAUCUCGUGGACGGUGGUUUGUGGGAUGAUGUUGUUUGUUUUGGGUUUGAUAUCGUUUUUUACGGGCCAUAUUGCUUCUGAUCUUGAAUGGUAUUCUCAUCGAAUUGUUAAACGAAGAUUGUGGAAGAACAAAGGCCGGAUUAGUUCUGGACCAGUUGACAUAUGGAAAUCCAAGUUCUCAAAGUUCUACUAUGGAUGCAGUGAAAGGAGCCCUUAUUACGCACCUCCUACUCGUCAGCUGCUUUCAAAUGGUUAUCUGCUAAUCGCUGCAAGUGGUGGGUUGAACCAACAAAGAACAGGGAUUACUGAUGCCGUAGUUGUUGCACGGAUUCUAAAUGCUACUUUAGUCAUUCCCGAGUUGGAUCAUCAUUCAUACUGGAAGGACGAUAGCGAUUUUGCCAACAUAUUUGAUGUCGAUUGGUUUAUAUCUUUUCUCGCAAAAGAUGUGCCUGUAGUCAAAAGGGUCCCUGACAAAUAUAUGAGAUCACUUGAAAAACCACCGUACACUAUGCGGGUCCCACGAAAAUCCGAACCUCGAUAUUACCUCGAUGAAGUACUACCAAUACUCUUACGGAGACGUGUUCUUCAGUUAACAAAGUUCGAUUAUAGGCUUGCUAGUGAUCUCGACGAAGAGCUACAACGGUUGCGUUGCCGGGUCAAUUAUCACGCUUUACGCUUUACAAAACCCAUACAAGAUCUUGGUAAGAAGAUCGUUAUGGAAAUGAGGAAGAUGGCUAGUAGCUUCAUUGCAAUUCAUUUGAGGUUUGAGCCCGAUAUGCUUGCAUUUUCGGGUUGUUACUACGGUGGUGGUGAUAAAGAAAGAUACGAGCUCGGUGAAAUCAGGAAACGAUGGGCAACAUUACCCGAAACGAGUCCUGACGGAGAGCGAAAACGAGGAAAAUGUCCUCUAACGCCUCAUGAAGUAGGUUUAAUGCUUCGGGCACUCGGUUUUGAAAAUAACAUGCAUCUUUAUGUUGCAUCGGGUGAAAUAUAUGGUGGGGAAGAGACUUUGAAGCCUCUUAGGGAUCUAUUUCCGAACUAUUACACUAAAGAGAUGCUCGCUAGCCAAGAACUCGAACCUUUUCUUCCGUAUUCUUCUCAACUUGCCGCCGUUGACUACAUUGUUUGCGAUGAGAGUGAUGUUUUCGUCACCAAUAAUAAUGGGAACAUGGCCAAAAUCCUUGCGGGUCGAAGGAGGUACAUGGGGCACAAGAGAACCAUUCGGCCAAACGCGAAAAAGCUCAACGCUUUGUUUCUUAAACGCGAGAAACUGCCAUGGGAAACGUUCGCAAAAAAGGUGAAAGCAUCCCAACAAGGAUUCUUGGGGGAACCAAACGAGAUGAAAGGUGGUCGUGGCGAAUUCCAUGAAUACCCUUCUACGUGUAUCUGCAAGAAGCCAUUCAAGUUCUCAUAUCUCGACACUGGAAACCAAACGGUCACGAAAUCGUUGGAAUAUGGACGGAACGAAGAAGAUCAAGGUGUGCAUAAUGUGUAGAGUAUAGAAAUUGCAGGUCAUGGAUCAUCAUCAUCAAAGGAUGCUGUUUGGU